AUGUCGUACUUCUUCUCGACGCCCGUCGAUAUCGACAUUGUCCUCGAGGACACGGACAACCGGUCCAUGGUGGAUGUCAAGCUGGACAAGAACCGGCGCGAGAAGGCGCCUCUCUUUAUGGAUGGCGAGUCGGUCAAGGGAGCUGUGACGGUGCGACCCAAGGAUGGGAAGCGCCUAGAGCACACUGGCAUCAAGGUGCAGUUUAUCGGCACUAUAGAAAUGUUCUUUGAUCGCGGAAAUCACUACGAGUUUCUCUGCCUGAACCAGGAGCUCGCGGCUCCCGGGGAGCUCCAGCAUCCCCAGACGUUCGACUUCAACUUCAAGAAUGUCGAGAAGCAGUACGAGUCGUACAACGGCAUCAACGUCAAGCUCCGCUACUUCACGCGCGUCACCGUUUCUAGGCGCAUGGCCGACGUCAUCCGUGAAAAGGACAUAUGGGUCUACAGCUACCGCAUCCCUCCCGAGAUCAACAGCAGCAUCAAGAUGGACGUCGGUAUAGAGGAUUGCCUACACAUCGAGUUCGAGUACUCCAAGUCCAAGUACCACCUCAAGGACGUCAUCGUCGGCCGCAUCUACUUCCUCCUCGUCCGCCUCAAGAUCAAGCACAUGGAGCUGUCCAUCAUCCGCCGCGAGACCACCGGGGCCGCACCUAACCAGUACAACGAGAGCGAGACCCUCGUCCGCUUCGAGAUCAUGGACGGCUCCCCCUCUAGGGGCGAGACCAUUCCCAUCCGUCUCUUCCUCGGUGGAUUCGACCUCACCCCUACCUUUCGCGACGUCAACAAGAAGUUUUCCACCAGGUACUAUCUCAGUCUAGUCCUGAUAGACGAGGACGCCCGCCGUUACUUUAAGCAGUCGGAAAUCAUCCUCUACCGUCAGCCCCCGGACACACCGCAGCUCGAGAACCCAGGCACACACUCUCUCCCCCCACCGCCCGAAAACAAGAUGGCUCCCGCAGCAGCGGCACAGGCAUGA